AUGAGCGAACCUGUUAAUGAUAAUGAAUUUGAAGACGGUAAUAUCGACAACUAUAAGGUAUCCGCAAAGAAAACUGUCGAUGAGUAUAAGAAUCUAGAUGCGGAAGAUGAGUCCCUCGCUAAAUGGAAGGCCUCUCUGGGGCUGAGUUCAGAUGUCCUGCCACUAGAGUUCCCAGGAGACAAGAGAAAAGUUGUUGUCUUGAAGAUUCAAUUGUUGGUUGAUACUGAACCAAAACCAAUUGAAUUUGAUCUUACUUCGGAAGAGACUAUUAAAGAGUUAUCCUCAAAACGUUACAAAGUGAAAGAGAAAUCCACCUACAAAUUGAAGAUUAUCUUCAAAGUUCAACAUGAAAUCAUCACUGGCUUGAGAUACGUUCAAUAUAUUAAGAAGGCUGGUAUUGCCGUUGAUAAAAUCGACGAUCAUUUAGGUUCAUACGCUCCUAACACAUCUGCAAAACCUUUCUACGAAGUUGAAUUGCCAGAAAGUGAAGCACCAAGUGGGAUGCUCGCAAGAGGUAAGUACAGCGCAGUUUCUAAAUUUAUUGACGAUGAUAAAAUGAAUCACUUAACUUUGAACUGGGGUGUUGAAAUUGUUAAAAAAUGA